AUGCUUGAACUAGUACACACGGAUGUGAUGGGCCCUAUGAGAACGCUUACAAAGGGUGGUGCCAAAUAUGUGUUAAUGCUUGUGGACGACUCCUCACGAGAACCUAUGUUCCUUGUUGAGGAUGGAUUGGACGCUGAUGUUGAACAUCAUUAUGACUGGAGUGAUAGACUUCGAUCACCGAAGCGUGCCGGGAUUGACGAAGAAGGCUUGCUCGCCGAGGCAGUACUUGCAUAUGCUGCGAGUAUUGAUGGUGUUUCUGAUACGCCAAACACUUAUGCAGAGGCUAUUGCUAGUGAUAAAGCAUCUGAACGGCGUCAGGCGGUCGAUGCUGAGCUUCAGUUGUACGCCAGGAACCAGACUUGGACUUUCGUUCCACGUGAAACGGCUACUCGUUUAAUUGGAUGCCGUUGGUUUUUGCCAAGAAACGCGAAUAGAACGGUCGAGUGA